AACUUUAAAAGUUUUCAUCGAUUUCAGUUUAACUUAUUUAAAAUCUUCCGAGUUGCAUUAAUCUGAUUGAGGUAUUUCAACUAAUAGUGUAUUAUACUUAAGGAGAAAAGUCGGACAAUGCAACCCGCGUGUGUAAUUUACUAAUUGAACUGAAGGCAAGGGUGGCAAAAACGCGAAUUGAGAUGACUUCCUUCCUUGGUGAUGUGCAUACAAUUUUUUACUGAACCUGCGCCUAAAAAUUAAAAUUUUUGCUUUUGAGCGGAUGUCUUUUACACAGAUCCCGAUGACGCAGGUGUAUUGAUGAUCUAGAUCCCGAUGACUCAGAUUGAUUUUUUUAUUUAGCGACCGUAGAUCUUAAAUCAAAAAGAAAAUGGCGAAUUUAAGUUUUUCUAUAGAUUUUCUUAGCUGGUGAAAAGUCCUGGUUUUCAUAGAUUUUCUGUGAAUUUUCUCAGGCGGCAAUCUUGAUCAAAGUAAAAGAUAAAUUUUUUUUUUCUCCCAGUCCUGAUUUUCUAUGGAUUUUCUUCGGCGGUAACCAAAAAAACCAGAGUUUAAAUUCAGAAAUUAAAAUGAAACUUUUGACAUCUGGAUGACAUCAGUAUAUAUAAAAAAUUGAAAUUUUUUCAGUCCAACUUUUUAGAUCUCUCAUACGUAAAAUAACAAACAAAUUUGACGUAAAAUUAAAGCUGCUUUUUCACAUCAAAUUUAUACGUAAUUUUACGUGGGGGAGGAAAGCAAAAAGUCGAAGUGAAAUUUUUUACGCGUACUAUACCUCAUCGAGAUGUCAAAUGUUUCAUUUCAAUUUUUGAGUUAAAAUGUUGAUCAUCUAGAGAGCUUUCAUCGAAAUCAAUUUUUGCUGUUGGUUGAGCUCAACUGACUAUUUGGGAAUAAGUUCUCGUUUUCUAUAGAUUUUCUAUGAAUUUUAUCUUCUCAUCGAAAAAAUUUUUAUUAGAUAAUUUUUCUGUAAUACCAACAUUAAAUAUUUUACCGACAAAAAUCAUUUUAAAUUUCCCUCCUAGAUGUCAGCUUGGUGUCAGAAGAACACUAGCAUAUCACCCGUUCCGUCAUACUUAUAAAAACAGUGUUCUGUUUUCUGUUUUCGAUAGACAAACACUUUAAAUAUCAGACAAUCAUUAAUAAUUAACUAACAAACAAUAUUUAGCCGCGUAGAGUAUCGAAGUAAUGAAGUUUUUUCAUUCAUUGACAGAUAUUACUCUCAAAAACUAACUGUUAAAAAAAAUGAAUAAAAUUAUAUCAAUGUCAGUGUCAGUGUAAAUUUGCCGCUAUGUGCAAUCUGUCUGCUUGUGUUUAUGUUCGUUCAUCAACAAUCUUUACUCUGAACCUAAACAAAUCAUCAAAACUACUGUAAUUUAAUAUUUAAAUUUAAAAAAAUUAAAUUAAAUUAAUUAGCACCUAAAAAUGUGAUGAAGAUCGAUCCUGAGCAAUGGCACGAUGGUCUACGGUAUUGUCGGGAAUAUUUUUGGCCCUAUCCAUGGUGCUGUCACUUGGUAAACUUUUAAUGCUAGCUGCUGGAAACAGCAACAAUGGUGACUUAACUGAAGCUGAUCAAUGGUUAAUUGAAAAUGGAAUGCCGCAAUAUCGACAGCUUUUUAAACAAAAAGGAAUAUCAAGUCUCGCAAGUUGUGGUGAAGUUGGAGCUUUACCGGAAUUACCGCCACAGGAUGAAGAACGUUUGCAAAGAGCAGCACGCCUGUUACAACAACGACUGGUACUACGACAGUGGCUAAGCGAUUACGGUCUCAGCUCUUAUUACCAAAAACUAAUGCAGAUGGAUGUGUUAUCCUUGGAAGAUGUAUACUGGGUUGAGGAUAAUGAAGCGCGUACUACUCUUGGGAAAGAUCUCCCAAGGUGGAUUCAAGCACGUCAAACUUUGCCGACAUCCAAAGACGAUCUUGAGGCAUUGAAAGCCGAUUUAUGGAGCUCGGUUGUUAAAAAUAGUCAACACCAAGAUGCCUGGACCUGGGGGGGAAUGUUAGUAGUUUCAGUAUCAGUAGCGGGGUUGGUUACCCUCGCGGCGAUGACCCAACCAGCAUUGGCACCAGAGGCGAAGCACUCACUUCUUCAGUAUGUAACUGGAAAAUAUUUGCUGCCGAGCAAUUGCCGUGUUCAUUUUGAAUGGGAAGAACCACAGUUAGUUGGAGAAACUAUGACGUUUACUGUUAAAUUUUAUCAACGUAAUGGACAACCCUACCCGAUCUGCGACAAAGACAAUCUAAUAAUAGAUGUUUCCGAAGGUACAAGACGUGUAGCAACCCUAAUAGAUUUAGGCGGAACAGACCCGUUGGCUGCUAAUACGGCUGUUGUUAAAUUUACCGUACGACAUGCUGGACAAUAUCGUAUUGCCGUGUUAAUUGGUUCAUGUCAUGUACAUGGUAGCCCGUUUCUCAAAAAUUUUCUUCCUGGGCCACCGGAUCCUAAUAAAACGGUAUUUGUACGUCAAAGUUCCACUGUUGUGUGCACAGCUGGAAUCGCGCAUUCCAUGACAAUAGAACCCAGAGAUGAAUACGACAAUCUGUGUGUAUUUAGCUCUACAGAUCAUCCUACUGAUGGAUAUAACGUCAAUAUUACUCAGAUUGGGUGCACAGAGGAAGGCCAAGCUGUGGUCUGUAAUAUACUGCUAGAAUACGACCAACCGAAUCAAAGAAUCCGAUUAAAAGUUGGAUUUCCAAAGGGUGGGUGUUAUCAUGCAACAGUGAGUCUCGCCGGGCUGCAAUUACAUAAUGGAGAUUUCGAUAUUAUUGUACUUGAUAGUUCUGUAGCAAGAAUGGUACACAAUAAUGUCGCUUCCAAAGAUCCUGAUAUAUGUUAUGCUGCUAAAUUAUUAGGAAUGCAAGGCGACAGGUUUUCGAAACCAAAAAAAGUAUUCUGUUUUAUAUCACCAAAACAACUAACGAUUAAAGAAUAUCUCUUAAAAUUUAUACCUAAACGUCUUGUUACAUUUAGACUUUGUCCAUCCACUAAGUUUCAUUUUGAAAAUUCAAAUAAUGAAUACGAAGGCUACAAUUCAUUUUCCAUAGACGAUGGGUGCCAGCCACCCGUUGAAUUAAUUUCAAACUACCGCGACGUUAUUGCCGCAACAUUUACCCUCUUCUUACUAAAAAAUAUCGGCGGUAGUGAGACGUUCGCUGACAAACAAGACUUUUUCUACCACGAAGUGAGGAAACACCACCAAAAACACUAUCACGAAAAACUUACUAUCAAAGUGCAACGAGAUAAAUUAUUAGAAUCAUCAAUGAAAGUAACAAAAGGGUUUUCAAUAAGCGACUGGUGUAGAAAUUUCGAGAUAACGUUCCAAGGAGAGCAAGGAGUCGAUUGGGGUGGAGUUAGACGUGAAUGGUUUGAAUUAAUAUGCGCGGCACUAUUUGAUCCAGGAAAUGGACUAUUUGCAUCAUUCGGUGAAUCACAACAAGCCUUAGUACAUCCGAAUAAUAAAAGAUCACAAAAUUUAAAACUAAAACAUUACGAAUUCGCAGGACGUAUUGUUGGUAAAUGUUUGUAUGAAUCAGCUCUGGGUGGAUCUUAUCGGCAAUUGGUCAGAGCUAGAUUUACUCGCUCUUUUCUCGCACAAAUAAUAGGCCUUAGAGUUCACUACAAGUAUUUUGAGCAGGAUGACCCUGAUUUAUAUUUAAGUAAAGUCAAAUACAUUUUGGAAAACGAUGUUGAAGAGAUGGAAUUGUUUUUUGUUGAAGAAGAGUAUGACAGAGAUGGACAAUUAGUAAAAGUCGCUGAAUUGAUACCAGGCGGUAGUAAAAUUCGCGUUACAAAUGACACCAAGUUGCGUUACUUGGACGCACUUGCACAGCAUCGACUUGCAAGUUCAAUUAGAAAUGAAGUUGACUCAUUUUUACGCGGUUUAAAUGAACUUAUUCCUGAUAACUUACUUGGUAUAUUUGAUGAAAAUGAAUUAGAGCUUUUACUUUGUGGUACUGGCGAAUACAGCGUAGCCGAUCUUCGUGCUCAUCAUGUAGUAAAUGGCAGCUCACCGGAAUUUUUACGCGUACUGGACUGGUUUUGGACGGCAAUUAGUAACUUUACUCAAGAAGAAAUGGCGAGAUUGCUCCAAUUUACGACCGGUUGUUCCCAAUUACCACCCGGAGGCUUUCAACAAUUAAGCCCGCGUUUUCAAAUCACCGCAGCUCCAACUUUUGCCAAUUUACCAACUGCUCACACUUGCUUCAAUCAACUCUGUCUGCCUGAUUACGAAUGCUACGAUCAUUUCGAACGUGCACUUUUACUGGCUAUCAGCGAGGGAACUGAAGGUUUUGGCAUGAUUUAAAUUUUAUUUACAAAAAAUUCACGUCUUGAUCAUUAAAUAUCUAGUAAUUAUUUUUUAUAACCUCUGUCUAAUUCUACAAAUUUCAAAUCCUAUUUAUUUUUUUUUAAUUAAAUAUCUCCAGUUCUAAAAUUACGGGUCGAUUAUCCUUUAGAGGCUUAAUUAACUUUGAUAAUUAAUUUAUUAAACGGUCAGUUAUUGAAAAUCUAGUCGCAUUGACCAAUAAAUAAAACACUAGUCACUAGUGAUAUUAAAACUAGUUUGAAAUUUUGUAAAAAAUAAAAAAACAAAAAAAACAUCGAUUAAUAUUAUAUAAAUCUGUCAUUAUUGUUAUUUAUAUUUUUUUUAAAAUUAUUCCGAUAAUAAUUUCAAAUAUUUUUAAAUUCAUUUGAGUAUUUUAAAUAUUCAAUGCUCGUUCGAGAGCUAAAUUUAUUUUAUUGUUCUACAAAUAUUUAAAAUAAUUAAAAUUAAAUAUAAUUUUAAUUGUCUCGUUACAGUAUUAUUGAUUCUUGGCAGGCUCAUGCUUUUGUGACUGCGUAGUAAUGAAUAAAAAAUUUUAAAAAUACUAAGUGUCGAUAUGACAAACGUUUAUUUAAAUUUUUUUUCACGUUAUUCUUCGCGAGCCUUUUGCUCUAUUUAUCAAAAAUAAAAAAAAGUAAAAAAAAAAAACAAUAGCACUGAAUAGAAUAUUUUAUAGCUUACAAAUUAAAUGAACAUUUUGUUGAUUAGUAUGUACGAGUAGACUUGAGAAAGUAAUAUAAUUAAAUUAAUAAUAACUUAAUGAGGUAACAGAUUCAAUUAUUGACACUUUUAUUUAAUUAUUUAUUUGACUUUCUUUAUAAUUUUUAAAAGUUAUUAACAUUCAUAUGCAAUAUUUAGAAUUUUAAGAAUUUUAGAAAAAUGAUUGGUCGAAAAUACUGAGGAUUUAACAUAAAAAUAAUCGUAACGUCUCUGAAAACAACAAUCAGUGAUACAUUUAAAUGGUCAUAUAAAAUUAUCCGUUUCGUGACUAGUCACUCGAGGACAAAACAAUCUUCAUAAAAUAGCCGAUCGAUAUAACAAUCGUGAAUGUAAAUUUUACAUUAAUAAUUAGACAUUAUCAACAAAAUACAAUGAUGUCAAUUUUAUAGUACAUUGUGUGACAAGGAAUAAAACGAAGCGAUUUUAGACCAGAGUGAAGUUGACUGCGUAAGCUGUAGAUGAGCGCCGACAUCGCCUGUAAUGUGAACUUACAUUCUGUGUCACAUACAGUAUAUUACGCACUUAGGGAGGAAAGUAGGACAUUUCAACCCGUGUGUGUAAUUAUCUACCCGAGCCGAAGGCGUCCUAUUGUCCUUCCUUGUUGUGUAUACGAUUUUUCACCAGAUCUACACCAAAAAUUUAAAUUCCUCUCGUGUUUAAAGGAAAGGAAGUCAUUCUUUUCUUGUAUGAGAAGACAAAGGAUAAAAAUCAGCGCAUGCGCCAUUCUUAUUACUAACAGACGCAAAAAUUUAAACUUCAGGUAUAGAUCUGAUGAAAAAUCGUACACACAACAGAAAGUCGGACGCCUUCGGCUCGGGUAGAUAAUUACACCCAGGUUAGAAGGUCCUAUUUUGCUCUCUAGGUGUGUAAUAUACUAAUUAUUUUAUUUUGUCGCUGGAAACAGCUUAUAUAUUUACGAUUCUUUUUUCCUAGAGUCAAUGUUAUGGACCCAAAAGAAUAGAUUUAAAAAAUCUAAUUAUUAUUAAAUAUAAUAAAUAAAUUAUAUUACUUCAUAUUUUUUACAGUGUCAAUAAUUGGAAAAAUUUUGCCUCACUCAUAGCAUUGAUACAUUAAAAAAAAAAAAAAGAAAAAGAAAAAAAAAGUUGAUACUCAUUAAAAUUAUAAAAUAGACGUGACUUUUUACAAAAUAAUUUACUAUGCUCAUUGAUUCUAGAUCUUAAAAUCAUGCAUCAUAAAUAAAUUGAUGAUACAAAAAAAAUUGUAAUCACCUUACAAUAAGAUAAUCACAAACUUUUCUAAUAGCUUUUGACAGCUGUAUAAAUACACUCUGUAUUAUAGAUAAACUUGUACUUAAUUGAUUAGUUAAUUAAUGAAUUAAAUUAUAGCUUUAUAAUCAAACGAUAGGCUGAUUAGAGUGUUUAGUAAAAAGUAAAAAAUAAAAUUAAUAAUAAUUAUAAUGUAUCGUCAAAUAAUGGCUGUUCAGUACUCGGUACUAAUUACCGUUGGAAAAAAAAUCCAAUACGGUAACAGAAUAAUAAUUAAUAAAAAAAAUAAUCAUUAGAUUAAUCAUAAUCAUGUUAAUUGAUAAUAUUUUUUGAAAUAGAAUGUUUAUAAAUUUAUUUAGCUCCACUGAUAAAUAAUAUUUAAUAUGAAACAUAAAUGAACAAUCGAUAAUACUGUAAGCUUAUCAUGCUUUUAAUGUUCCAAUAGCUUGGAGUUUUUUUUUAAUGACGUACAAAAUUAGUCGAAAUAGUAUAAAAAAAAUCAUAAAUAAAUAAAUAAGUUAGUAAUGAUGAAUUUGUU